ACAAAAUGGAUCAACAUAGCGCUGAUAACUGCAAAUGCCACAAGCAAACGCAGCCGGCGCAGCAGACCCUAAGUGACAUGGAUUUUGAUCGUGGCAUUUGGAAUGCUGCCAUCUACAAUGAGGUGGACCGAGUGCGUGACUUUAUCAAAAAAGGUCAGGCCAUGGCACGAGAUGAAUGCGAUUAUACGGCCCUGCAUUAUGCAGCACGCAAUGGCAAUGAACAAAUCUGCAAGUUACUCCUAGAUGAGGGCAAAGUUGAUGUUAAUGCGGCUACCAAGGCAGGGUCCACAGCUCUACAUAGAGCUGCUAUGAUGGGCCACUUGGAUAUUGUAAAGCUGUUGAAGGAUCACAAGGCCAAUCUCUUGGUACAGGAUGAAUGUGGUCAAAGCGCCUUGCAUCGUGCUGCGUUGCGUGGUGAGCUGGAGGUGUGUCGCUAUUUGCUGCAACAACAACCGUCUCUUAAACAGCUCAAGGAUAAAAAGGAUAAAAUUCCAUUUGAGUAUAUUAUGGAGAAUGCCAACGAUGACUUCAAAUUGCUAUUGAAACCCUAGAGAGAGGGGAGGGUCUAUUACUACUACUACUCAAACUAUUCCGCAUUACAGAUGUUCGUUGUUUACCUCCCCCCAAAAGUAUCUUUUAUAUCUAUAUAUAUAUAUUUUCUAUAUUUUAGAAUUUAAUUUAAGAACGAAAAAGUUGCAAUAUUUUCAAUUAUCAAGUA